AUGAUCGAUACAUUGCUGAAACAUUAUCUGCAAGUGGAUUUAGUAGAAUUACUUCCUGUGAGAUCAUUAUAUUCAUCAUAUGGUGAAGUAGAAUUAAAUCAAAGAUUCUUGUCGAUAAGAGAUAUUAUACUAAGUAUCGCGGUCACCCAUGGGAUAGAAGACAUCGCUUCAAAUGCUAUCGAUUUGAUAAAUAUAAUCUUAAAUGGCGAACCUUGUGUUUCUUCAAAUGGAAUAGAUAGAGAUCAAAGACAGUCAGUAUUGACUGUAAUGAGAUUACUAAAUGACGCAUUCGCACGACAUUGGGAUUCAAUAGAAGAAAAUUUAGAAACUACCGAAAGACAAAAUACUUAUCUAAAACAAAGACAUUUAUAUACAAAUUGUUUACCAGGUUUUUCAAAUUCAAGACACGAUUUUAGAAUUUCAAGACCAAAACCAAUAAGUUCAAAGUUAGUUAUAAAAAUUCUAGACCUUUGUUCAAAAUUAAAAUCUCAUACCACUACGAUUAACUUAAUGAAAAAUGCCACAGAUGAACUAUAUGGUAAGUACCAGCAUUUAAGAUUUACUUUAAUACAAGAUUUCCAAGUUAGACUAGAAGACGUACUGGUUAAAGAAGAUGCUGUACUACUAGAUAUGACUGUAGAAUAUUGUCAGAGGUUCGUAGGUUCCGCAAAUCCACAAGAUUUUUUAAAUUAUUUAAACAAUACAAUUGUGGGUCCUCUAGUGAUAGAUAGAUCAUUGAGUGAUACUCACGUCAUCAAAUCAUUCGAUCUUUUCGGCUGCAUUUACAUUACUUCUCAAAACCUUUUACAUUAUUUGGAAAUUGUUAAAAGAUUGUCCAUUACUUUGAGACGCUCAAUCUUCAACGCUGUAUUAUUGCAUCAUACUACUAAGGCAUUGGUCCUAUGGAUUAUCUCAAGACCAUUUGACUAUGUCCUUUUCACUACAACCGAACUUAAGAAAAAUGAAGCCAGACAAGAAAGUUCUAAUUCUAAUUCUAGUCCAAAUUCUAAAUCCAAUUCUACACAUAAUAACACUCAUCAUAAUAACAGUCAUAGCAAUAAUGCUAAGAAACAGAAACCAGAACAACUCCCCAAAGAAUAUGACAGUCCUAUAGAAUUCUUAUUCGAUCAAAUUUACUCAGAUUUUAAUGUAUCAUCACUUUUGGGAUCAUCUGGUAAAGGAAGUAGCAGUGCUUCACAUAAUCAGCCAUCUUCAUCGGGCCAAUAUCCUGGUGGAUCAAAAAAGAAGAAAUUGGGUCAAUCUGCAUCGACUAAAUCGUUAACUACUAUAGCUUCAGCACCUUCAGAUAUGGAACCAAACAUAACUUUUGUUGAUAGUUAUAAGCCAACUCCACAGAGACCUGGUUUAGAGAGAAGAGGAACUGACACCAAUACAAUUUUAUCUGAUAAUAGUAGUGAAAAUACUUUUGAAAAUCAUAAGUUUUUUUUUUCAGAUGUGGCUCAACCACCUUUAAUACAACCAAGAAUUAUAACUUUACAAAGCAUUUCUGACAUUUAUACUUCAGCUGAAGAAACUGAAUUGGGAACUAAUGCAUCGAUCCUAAGAUUUCUAUCAUUGAUAGUAAUGUUAGAUCGUGAAAUUUUAACUGAAAUAAAUUCUGUAUCCUUCAAAUAUAUAUUUAAUGCAGAUGGAUCACGUCCAGAACUAGGUAGAAAAUCAAGCUUCUCAUCAAAAGACGGUAGUAAAGAAGAAGAAGAAUCAGAAUAUUCAGCUUCCAGAAGUUCAGGUAUCUGGAAUUUCAAGAAUGGCUUAAAGAAAUUAAAAAGUAUGACUCCGCAUAGAAAGAAAACUGUCAAGUUUUUGAGUAUCUUAUUAAAAAAUUUAAAUGGUUCUUCGAUAGCCUCAGAUAUAGCAAUUUUGGACACAGUACGUGCAAUUUUGACUUUGUACACAGUUUCAGCCUCCGUUUCAUUAGUUGAUUCUGAGGCACCAACCGUCAUAUUAUCAAAAAGACUAUUUGGUAUUUUAGGUGAAAACUUAAAGGUCGGUUAUGAUUGGAAAGGAAGAAGAAAUGCAAUUUUGAGUAACUGUUUAUCAAGAAAUAAAACCUCUUUUGCUAGAUUCCAAAUAAAAUUUUUUGCUGCCUCUUUACAACUUGAGCCUCAUAAAUUUUUAGCACGCUUAAACUUAGAAGAAGUGUCAAAAAAUUUUGAUUUAAAACUACUAGGGUUGUAUACUGAAGGGUUUAGAAUAUUUUUCUAUUUAAUUUGUCCCAAUGAAAUAUGGACCAUUGUAACAAGAGCAACUGGGGGAUUUUUCAAAAAUUUAUUGUCAUCGUGUGGUGAAAAAUUGCAAGAAGUAUCGUUAUAUCCUCAAGAAAGUUUAGAAGAAAAUAUCAAUUGCAUAAUAAAUGGUACUCUAGAUGAAAGACUAUCUCUAGGUGCAUUUUUUCCAAUGAGCUUAAGUUCAUAUUCACCACCUUCAGCCACAGUAUUACAACAGAUUGAUGAUGAAAUCAAUGAAAAAUACCACUGUGAUUUAGAAGCAUCAUGGAUACCAGUUAAUGAUAUAUCCAGUUUAGCUGCAUCGUUAAGUGAUACGCAACUUGCUGAUUCUAAUAUAACUCUAGACCAAUCGAAUCAAGAUAUUAGACUUCAAAAACUGGAAUCGAAUAAUUCUACAGAGGAUAGUGUAACAACUCCGCUAUCGCUAACUAGGAUGGAUUCAAUGUCCUUUACGACAUCAAACAGUUCCUUAGGCUUUUCUAACACGAAAUUAACCAAAACUCACGCGUCUUCCAGUUCGAAGGGAACAAAAUCACCUUUGACAUCAAGUGUAAAGAUGGGCAAAUCAUCUUCCUUUUCAAACGUUAAAAUGUCUAAAUCGAUUUCGAUUUCUAACGUAAAGAUGAGUAAGUCACCUUCAAAAUUACUUGUAGGCAAAAAAAUACCCGAAGAGUCUAAACUGAAAACGACAACAGGAGAUUCACUAACUCCAGAAACAUCUCCGUCCUCUAAUACUACUGAUUACAAUGAAGUGAGAAAGAUUUUAGUGAGACUUUUUAAAAUCUAUUCUAGAACUACCAUUUAUUUCUACCAUGACAGGACGGUACCAGUUGAUUUAGAAUGGUUGAAACUUCGUUUUGAAAGUAUCAGUAAAUCGACAUUAGUCGGUAUUCUGGAUUCAGAUGAAUUUGUUUCACGCACAAGUGAAUCAUUUUUGAAUAUUCUUGUCAAAUUUUCAUUAACAUUCACUGAUGAAACUUCAGAAGAUUCUGUUAAAGGUGGAUACCUUAUUUGUAUCUUUAUGAUGGGUCUAUUCAAUAUGACUCUUCUUGACAUGAACCUAUCUCAUUUGAAAAGAGAAAAGUUGCUUUCAUGUAUUCUGAAAUUUGUUGGCGCAAGGAGGAAGUUAAUUGAAAUUGCACAAAAGAAUGGCUUUAUUAAUGUUUUAAGAGAUGCAGAGGGUACCCUAUCCUCAACAUUGACUCAAGUUUCUGGACGUGCGUUGUAUGUUUCACUUUACUGUAGCAAGCCUAGUGUUCAAAAACUUUUAGUGGAUGAAUAUGCAAGAGUUGAAGAUUACAUGUCAUGCUACGGCAAUAUCUUAGGUGAUAAAUUUAUCUCAGGUGUAGAAAAUUUAGAAUUCAUUAAAGCUUUCUCGGUAGAAAGCAAAAUUGGAUCAGGUGCACUAGCAGCACAGAGAAGAAUUAUAACCAAUAUACACAAAUACGUAACUUCACCAGAUCCAUUGAUAUUCGAUUCUCUUGCAUUGAUGUUUGAACGUUGGCUCCACUUGAGUAACAAGAGGAAGUGCCUAUCACAAGAAGAAUUCACUGAUUUCAGAAAUAUAGCUGGGAUCAUUGCCGUUACCAGUGGUGUCACACUAACUACUCACAAUGCAGAUAAAUAUGAAUACGUAGUGUUGCAUCGUGAAAACCUAAUUAGAAAAUUAGACUUUUUUGUUGCUAAACAAUGUCAGUGGAUUAAUGAUCCUGAUCUACUAACACGUGAGAACUCAAGAGAUAUAUUAAGCAAUGAAUUGCACCCACUAGUAUUCUACCUAUUGUUCAGAAACCUUAGAAAAAGAUUAGGUGAAAUUGUUUCCCUGGACUUAUCACUUGAAGAAAACGAACAUUAUUUCAUUCUUUUGGAACAAAGUAUUUUAAUUAUUCGUGUUGUUUUGGAAAGAAAUGAUAAUGUACAUAGUACUAUGGUUUUGUUUUCAACUGAUUUAAUUUUUAUUGUCGAUCUCCUAACUUCAGUAAUUAGCAACAUUCCAAAGUCAUCUCUAAAUUACUUUAAAUCUGUAAUUUAUAUGUCAAGAUUAUUCCAAGCAGUACAAACAAAUGAAAGGAAGCUAGCAAUCGAGGGCCAUUAUAACUUGAAGAAUCGAUGGUUAAAAUUAGUUACUCAGUGGUUUAACCAUUCAUUAAACCAAGAAUGUGACCUUGACAAUUUGAUUAAACCACUAAGAGAGAUGAAUCUUUUAAAAAGGGACAUUGACAUGCUUUCUCUAGAGACAUGCUUAGAAACUUCAAAAGCUUUAAAGUACUUAACUUAUUGUGUACCAUUGGAAGUUCCACCAUCAUUAUCCGAGGAAGAAGUUAAAAAGGCCAAGACAGUUGAGUUUGGGAAAUAUUUCAGUAUACUUUUAAAGGGACUGGAAACAUUUUCAUACUUGGAGAAGUAUCCACCAUUCCUAAGACCAAGGUUGAAAUCUUUGAAUGAAUAUUUGAUUAUAUCCUUAACCAAUUUAUCGAAGAUAAACCAGGAUGCAAGUUUCAAAUAUUCCCUUCCACUUGGUUAUUCUCCAAACAAAGAGAUAAGAAUAGCUUUCUUAGAAGUUUUCACCAAUAUUGUCAAAAAUGUACCAUUCAAAGUUAAGGAGGAUGAAUGUACAAAAAUAGAGACAUCAGAAAGUGUAAUUAAUUUUUGCAAGGCUAAUCCAGCGCUGAUUUCGAAAAUUGGCAGAGCUUGUCCUGCAUAUGAAGCUGACGAAUUUGCAUCUGGUUUUAUGACAUUGUUUGAAAAUAGUAGUGGUGUUACAACAAUGGUCAACGAAAUGUUGAGGGAUGACAUUCGUAAGACCUCCCGUCCUACUAAUAUUUUGAGAAGAAACAAUUGUGUUACAAGUGCUUUGUCUAUUUACACUAGAAAAGUAGGACAUGAAUAUCUUGUUAAGACUUUAUCAACAGUUUUCAUGGAAUUGAUUGAACUCGAUGAGCAUUUUGAUAUUGAAAGGAUAGGAGAUAAUGAAGUGGAAAUAGAAAGAAACAUUCGUUUAUUUAAGAAAUAUAUGGAUAAAGUUAUUACUUCAAUUGAAAAGUCUAUCACUUAUUUCCCACCAGAUUUUUUCUCAAUAUGUCAGAAUAUCCAUACUACUACAUUAGAGAAGUUUCCCGAGCAUGCGAUAAUUGCAGUAGGCUCAUUCUUCUUUUUAAGGUUCUUAUGCCCUGCUGUUGUUAGCCCAGAAUCAGAAAACAUCAUUCCAAUCGUCGAACUGAAGUUUAGGAAAUCACUUAUAGCCUUGGCGAAGGUAAUUCAGAGUUUAGCAAAUGGUAUUGAUAACAGGAUAAAAUGGCAGUUAUUAGAGAGGGAAACAGAAUUUUUGAAAAAUUGCAGCAUUAGAAUAUUUGCAUUUUUGAUUGAAAUUAGUAAGUUAGACCGUCCACUCGUAAAAGAAUGUAAAGAGAAAUUUGAUGAAACUCCAGGCGAUAUAUCAUUAUUCCACAGAUAUUUAUAUUUUAACGAACUUGAGAUCAGAAAACAAUUAUUGGGGGAAUAUGGUAUACAAAAGGAUAGAGAAUAUAUUACUGAUGUUAUUACGUUUUUUGACAACAUUUUGAAGAAUAUGGGCCAACCUAAAAUUGAGUUGAGACAUGAGAUUCCUGAAUUUAUUAAAGAAAACAUGGAUUUAUAUCCACGAUUAUAUGAGUUUAUGUCGAAACAUAUUUCAAAACAUGCUAGUGGCUGUUCAAUAGGAGAUUUCCCAUUUCUUCAUGUAUCAAUUUCUUCUGAUGGUUUCCCAACGUUGUCUAUGAUGUUAAGGAAAAUAGUCACGUUUGACUCUAAUUUUGAUGAUAUAAUAUUUGGUGUAAUACAAGUUUAUUCCAGAAUUUGGACAACAAAGCAUUACUUUAUUCUAGACUGUACAGAGUAUGACAAAGAACAGGAAGAAGGUAUUUUGAAAUUGGUGGCCACAUUUUCAAGUUUGUUACCAGCAAAAAUUAAGGAAAAUUGUAUUAAAUUCUAUUACUUAAAUCCUUCUCGUAACUUUGUCAACCGUUGGAUAAAGAUUCUAAAGCAGAUUGAUAGUAACAUAAAUUCUGUGAAGACACGCUUAUUUGUUAACAGUAGUGAACAUAGAGAUAUUAUCAAGUCACUAAAUCUUUCAAAUGAAGCAAUCGAACUUGUUAGUGAUACAAGGAUAUCAUUAAAAGACUUAGAACUUUAUAAUGAAAGAACUGCUAAAUUUGUACCUGCAACAAUGAAAAUUGGUACUCAUUACUUACAGAUAUUAAAUGAGAUACCAGAUAAAAUUAAGUUUAUUGGAAAGACUGGCUACAAUGGAAUAAAAUAUAACAGCAUCUAUCGUAUUUCUGAUAUUUUAUCAAUUGACGUCUCAAUUGCAUCGGAUUCAGAAUUUAUAAUAAAUCUCUCAAAUGAAGAAGUGAUUCUAAAAAGUAGUAAGUUUUUAGAAAUUAUCAAAAUUUUACGUCAAUCUAUCCAAAGGUUAGAAUUCGAUUAUUCUUUAGAAAAUGAAGAUAUUUCGCUUGCAGAAAAUGAUGAGGAUAGUACCAAGUUAGAUACAAAACAAAGAUUAACAGCAAUUUCACAUAUUUUAUUAAUGGUAUUAUUAGGUUUGUUAAGCAAUGAUGACAUAGUAAAACGUGAAUCUUACAAUCUGUUAGUUGCUACACAAGGUUCAUACAAAUUGAAUUUUGGCCUCUAUUUGCACAGUGCUCCAGAAAUAUUUGUUCCUGAUGAGUCAGUCCCAUUUAUUCAGCAAAUAUUUAGAUCAAUUGCCAAAUGUUCACCGGAAUUAACAGGUCCUAUUUGUAAACUAAUUCUGGAUGCUUUAACAAAUUUAACUUUCCAAGAAGAGCUAGUACCCGAUAUCCUCGCAUGUUUAUCCCAGUGGAUUCCAGGUUUAUAUAACUUUGUGUUUUUAUCUGAUGAAGAAGAAGGAAUAAACUCUUUCUGUUGCAUAGUAAGGACAUUAAUUAGAUUAACUGUUAGAGAUGAACACUACUCAGCUACCUAUAUUCAGAAUAUAUGGGUUGUUUUAACAGUGGAGACAUCGUUUACAAAAUUCAUUGUUAAUGAGGUUAUUGAACAUGCACUAGAAAGACAAUAUGAAAACAAGGAUUGGGAGAGCGUUUUACCAUUAAUAAAUGUUUUACCGAUUGUAGAUACUGCUGCCACAAUAAUUUCUAGAUUAAUGAAUGAAAUAAAUUCAUUCUCCAGAUCUUUGGAUUAUGAAGGAGCAGUCGAUAGUUGGUCAGAAUUGUUAAUUUUGUUGAAUAUUAGUGUCCGUUUAUUCUUCCACAAUACUUUGAUAGCUCAGAAAUUCCUUCCUGAAGUAUUAUUUAUAGCAGCGUUGCUGAUUGAUAUCGGUCCAAUGAAAGUAAGAACCGAAGUUCACAAGCUUUUAAUGAACGUGUGCCAUUCUUUGACAGUGAAUCAUUUAUUAGCUGAUACUAAAAAGAAAAAUUUGGAACAAAUUUGUAGUAUUUUUUCAUUACAGAAACUUAAAUUUAUUUAUGGUUUUAGUCAAGAUAGAGGGAGAGUUUUGCAAAAACUGAGUGCUAUUAGUUUUUCAAGCAAUUUUUGCACACUUGAAUACUUCAUUGAUAAUAUAAUGCUGGUAAUUGAUAAUGCUGAUUCAUCAGGCACUGAAUAUUGGAAGGCCAAUUUCAGAAAAUAUAUAAUGGACUACAUCUUCAAGACCAAUUCAUUUUUAUCUGCCAGAGCUGUAAUGAUAUUAGGUAUCAUCGAUAAGUACACGACAACUGAAGCUAUUUGUCGCCAUCUCUUAAGACAAACAAUCGAUAUCGUAGCCGACCCUAUUGUAUCAGAUGAGCAAAUUUUCAUGGUAAUCUCACACAUUUUUAGUUACAGUAAGAUUGUUGAAGGUCUAGAUCCAUCAUUGCCAAUAAUGAAGGAAUUAUUCUGGUUGUCAACUACUUUCUUAACUUCCGAACAUUUAACUAUCUUCGAGGGAGCUUUAUUGUUUUUAAUUAACGUAUUAAAGAGAAUAUACAUGACUAAAUUUGAAAGUGAAUCUAAUAAUAGGUUAGUGGUUACAUCACUUUUUGAAGUUCGUUCUUUUUCAGAACCUAUGAUAUCCGAAUUAGAGAAAUUAUAUGAUACACAUUGGACUGAGAAAAACUUUACCCAUACUGUUAUAUCUUUCUUAUGCAAGGGGUUAUCCAUCUCAUCUAUAAAAACUACAUCUCUUUAUUGUAUCGAGCAAUUGUUUAGGAAUACUUACUAUGAACAUACUUUGAAUCCAGAAUCAACAGAUUAUUUGUCGUAUUUGUUGGCACUAUUCCUGAUCCUACCUCCAAAAGGUUUUAUUGAAAUACUAAACGCUAUUGAAUUUGAAGGACUUAUGUUUUCAUUUGAUGAGGAUAACAAGAUACCAGAGGUUUUAUUGAACUGGUUAUAUUCAGAUUCAGAAUGUUCUAGAGUUUCAUUGUACCAAAGUGCAGUUAUGUAUAGCAGCACUGUGUUUGACGAACCUAGUAAAUUCAGGUUCUUAUUAAUUAUGCGUCAAUUGUUGUUAAUGAAACCUAUUUGUGUUUUCAGAUUUUAUGACAUUACUAUCACAGAGAUAAGAAGACAGUCCACAUUAGAACAUACAUCAUUGGGUGCUGAACUUGCAUUUUCUAUUGUUGAAUUAGUUGUACAACAUCGUGAAUACAAUUCUUUAUCCAAGUACAACACUGAAUCAUUAGAGUUUUUGCACAAAAAUGGUCUUUCUCUUCUUGUCAAUAUAAUUUCAAAGAAAACUGAUAAUAGUGUAACAAAUGGGUCGUUGAAGGAUGUUGCCAACUUAACAUUCAAGAGAAAAUUCUUGACGACAAAAAUUCUUUAUAAAAUGGCAUAUGAUAACAGUAGAAUAUAA